UCUGCGUCCGAUCCCAGACUAGUCGCAGCCAUUUUACUGCGCGAGAUAAACUUCACUCUCACAUCUAGAGGAGGAGAAACACGAAAUACACCAAGACAACUCCAGUGACAUUCAUGGAUACCUCGUCGUGAACCAGAGCUCGGACAUAUCCGACUUCCAAGUCUUCGCAGUUGGGUUCGACUCCAUGGCUUAGCCGGGACUCUUCACAGCAACUAGCCCGGACGUCUCUUUCCUCUCUCCCUCGCUGUCCUCUGCCACUACAGGUAGCAGCGAGACAGCAACCAAAGGGACGGUGACCCAUACCCCCCCGUUGCUUGCCUCUCCUCCCCUCAACGAGGCAAGAUGGAGCUCCAGGCGUCUCACGGGCAGCUAGGGGCUGAGGGGGAUUGCGAGAUGUCGAGCCUGCUGCUGCCCAGUCCUCAGAGCGAGGCAGUGACCCACGAGAUGGAGGAGCUGUCGCUGCAGCCGCUACCUCCGCUCAAUGAACGCAAAAACGGCCAGGACUCUCAGUCUCAGACAAUGGCCUGUAUGGAGGUAGAGACCCCCAGUGACUGCACUAGGUUCAGAGCAGUCCUGCAGUUGAGGCUUCAGCAAAGGCGAACCCGGGAGCAGCUGGUGGACCAGGGCAUCAUGCCACCUCUGAAGAGCCCGGCAGCUUUCCAUGGGCAGAUUCGCAGCUUGGAGAGAGCCAGGACUGAGAAUUUCCUCAAGCACAAGAUCCGCAGUCGUCCAGAGAGAGCAGAGCUGGUCAGGAUGCACAUCCUGCAAGAGACUGGUGCAGAACCCUCACUACAGGCCACCCAGAUGAGACUGAAGAGGGCUCGGCUGGCCGACAACCUGAACGAGAUGAUCGCCCAGAGACCCGGCCCCCUGGAGCUGGUGGAGAAAAACAUCCUGCCCGUGGAUUCCAGCGUUAAACAGGCCAUCAUCGUAGGUCAGGUGAACUAUCCCAAAGUGUUGGAUGAAGACAGCAGCGAUGCCCCGUCCCCAGAUCAGCCGGCCAGCCAGGAGUCUCAGAGUUCUGUCCCCUCUCCCGCCCCGGAGAGCAAAGUGCCAGAGACGCCCCCUCCAGCACCAACACCGGCACCAGCACCGGCACCAGCACCAGCACCAACACUAGCUCCACCAAUACCCACCACCGUGCUGCAGCCCUUCCCAGUUGCCACACAAGCAACAACAGACUUUAUGAAAAUGAUCUCAACCAUUGAGCAGCCUGCUAGCCGCCCAGCUGUCACUCCUGUACAGCCAGUCACCACAGUUGCUCCUUCAAAACCGGGACCAACGCUGGUGAAGCAAAGCCAGCAGAGGUCGCCCUCAGAGAAGAGCCGCAGUAAGAAGGGCAAAGAGCCCAAGUCCAGGGUAAAAAAGCUCAAGUACCACCAGUAUGUUCCCCCAGACCAGAAGCUGGAGGCCAGUGAAGAACCCAUGGACUCCUCUUACGCCCGACUGCUGCAGCAACAGCAGCUAUUCCUCCAGCUGCAGAUCCUGAGCCAGCAACAGCAGCACUACAACUACCAGACUAUAUUACCAGCACCACUGAAGCCUGUGGCCGAGGGUCAGAGCGGCAGCGCCGGCAGCCUGCCAACCUCCAUCAUGGUGUCUUUGCCCUCUGCUCCUCCACCUCCCCCCGUGACUCCGGCUCCGGCUCGUCCAAACAACUCGCUCUCGAACCGCAAACCAGGAGUCCUGCCUGCCAACCUGGAGGAGAUGAAGGUGGCUGAGCUAAAACUGGAGCUGAAGCUGCGUGGCCUCCCCGUGUCAGGAACAAAAACUGAUCUGAUAGAAAGACUGAAACCUUUCCAAGACAACCACUGCACCUCUGCUCCUACCACCGUUCCUGCCCCUGCCACCACCACCACCUUCUCCUCCAUGGCCAUGGACGCCACCCCGGCUAUAGUCCUUCCAGUCCAGCAGGUGGCUCCAGAGAACACGAACCCCACACCGCCGGUCUCACCCAUUCCCGCUGAUCGCUCCACCUUUCAGCAGGACGUAGGCAUGUCUGAGGCUCUUUUCGAAAUGCAAAUGGUGAGUUCUGGCUGGGCAGGUCUCACGUCUUUCCAAGUCCCGGAGGAAAAGGACAGGCGGCUCCAUGAGAAGGAGCGGCAGAUAGUGGAGUUGAUGAAGAAGCUGGAGCAGGAGCAGAAGUUGGUGGAGGAGCUGAAGAUGCAGCUGGAGGUGGAGAAGAGAGGCCAGGGUGGCUGCACCGCUGACUCUACCUCUGGUUCUCCCAAACUCAUUUCUGUACCCGCAAUGAACCCUGUUCCUACUGUCCUGAACUCAAAUGUAGUAAAAAUGGAAGGUACAGUCCUGUCAAACUGUUCAUCCACUACCGCUACAAUCCCCAACUCUAUCCUGGGCUCCCAGGCUCUCUCCCCCCUCCCAACAGUGGUCAAGUUGGAGGAUGUGACUGUUUCUUCUGGCAAGCCUCUCCAGCUCCAGACCCAAACCCAGAUGAUCACCCAGAUCCAGUCCCAAGCUCAGUCCCAAAUAACCAACAACCCACAGCUACUCUCGCAGUCACAGAGAAGUCCCAAACUGCAGACCCAGCCCCAGUCUCAACCUGCAGCCCCCAGCCUGCAGCAGUUCUUCAUCAGCCACUCAGGUGGGGUGUCCCAGGUGCUGGGUCAGCCUCAGACCUUGUUAACCACGACUGGCCAGGGUGGGAGGAUCCUCCUCCCAGUCUCGCUACCUAACAACGCUACUGCAAUCCAGCUGCCAAGCACCACCGUCAGCCUGCAGCCUGUUCUUCAGGCCACGGGCUCAAAUCCAGGCCUGGUGCAGGCCUCAGUUUCUCAGCUGCGAACCACUCAGAUGGAGAUGCCACCUAGCCAGCAGUUAACCAACCACAACACACUACAGACUCUGACUAUGUGCAAUAACGCUACUGGUUUGGAGAACCAAACUAGGCCUGAGAUGAAUCCCCAGUGUUUCCUGAGGAGCUCCCCAGACAACAGGGUCUCUCCACGUGCUUCACCCAACCACAUCUCCAACGGACCCCUCAAUAAGCCUUCUUCUCCCCAGCCUACCUUCAUCCUUCAGCCCACCUCCCUUGUUUCUCAGCCUCCCAAGACAAGAGAGCCUCCCCGCUAUGAGGACGCCAUCAAACAGAGCCGCAACCUGCACGUCAACAACGUUUCACAGGUUCCCACGGCAACCAGCCAGCAAAUGGAUGACUUGUUCGACAUCCUUAUAGAGAGCGGAGAAAUCACACCAUUUAUCCAGCAGGACCCUCACAUGUCUCUAAAUAAGACCCUCCCAGUCACGGCAAACAUCUCCACCCUGCCGGUCAACACUGUGCUCUGCAGGCCGCCUCCACAGAUCCAGUUGGCUCCUCCGCCCACCCUGAACGCCAUCAUCAGCCCCGGCCUGCACAGCCUUUCCUCGCUCGCCACGGACAAUCAGCUGGAGGCCUUCCUGGAGGGCACACUGGCUGAAACGGCGCCGGCGUCAGACCCACGCACACGGGGCCUGAUAGAGGAGCUGCAGGCCCAGCUGAUGGAACAGCAACCCUACUCGCCCAUGGACACAUCAGACCUAUCCUUCUGCGACUCUUCCUCGCCGUCCUCGCUCAACAUGGGCCUGUCUGACCCGGGCCUGGACAAUAUGGAGUGGCUGGACCUCACCAUGCCACCAGGUCCUGCCGGGGCACUCACACCACUGGGGAUCCCAUCGGACUUCCUGGAUACACAAGACCUGCAGCUGCACUGGGACUGACAGGGGUGGAUGACAUAGGAAAAAAAAGAGAGUCCAGAGAUAUGGCAGAGCAAGUUGAGCCUGGAGUGAGAGAUAGAUGGGAUGGAUGAAAAGGAAGAGGAAGAAGGGAUCGACAGAUGCGAAGAAGUCAACAUUUUUAAAAAGGUGAAAACAUGGCAUUUGUGUGCCGUACCACUCUUAACAGCACAUCCAUAACAUCUGUAAUAUUCCCACUGUACUACAGGAAGAGAUGCUGUACAGGCAGUGCACUGAUUCAAGUUGAACUACAAGCAGGAGUUUGCACAGCUUUAAAAGAAGGCCUCGUAUGGCUGAGCAGCCAGAAUAACGUCAUCACUAAGGUGAUCACCCAUCAGAUUAGUGAUAAAGGGAUUUUAAACAGA